AUGACGAUCUGGGCCGUUGGAUGGGAUUUUAGUUUCAUGUCGGGGACUAUUCCCUUGUACAAAGGUUUUCGUCUUCUUACAUCAAGUGCUUUGCUCGAAGGCUCGAUAACCUUGCUCUGUACGAUCAUCAAUCCCGGCACAUACAAAUGUCGAGAUUCAACUACAUUGACUGAAAGUGUCAAGGGACGUUCUGCCGUGAACAAAAUGCAUCACAUGAUGAAUUCUAGCCAGCUCUCCUCAAGGGAUGCACAGACUCUUAUCUUGAUUCUCUACUGGAGCUUUGACAGCAUGUUGGUCUUCUGGAGAGCUGCUGCUGAUAGCACGAACUCAUUAUGUCAUUUGGAGGCCCAUCGGAAAAUGGAGAUUCUUCGUCUACUUACAUCAAGUGCUUUGCUCGAAGGAUCAAUAACCUUGCUCUCUACCAGCAAUGUGUCUUUUUGCCUGUUCCGAUCCUCGCCUACAGUCUGUGCGCCCGGCACAAGCAAAUGUCGAGAUUCAGCUACUUUGACUAAAAAGAGUCAACAUUGGGACUUACGCCGUUUAUCCACAAAGUGGAGCUGUACGCGGAUUAAGACUUACUUGUUUCUCCGUGAGGAAUUGGACGAUGAGCUGCAAGAUUCCCCUCUAUGUUUUUGUAUUUAUUUUCCUUUGGCGCACACUCCCAGGGACGCAAGGGAGUGGGGGCACGUCGGGUGA